AUGGCUCCAGUAACAGAGGUGGACCCGGAUACAGUGUCCCAAUUGAAAUCUGCUAUCUACUUAAUGGUUUCCAAAAUGGUGGAACAGGAUUUAACCCAUAUUGACAAAGAUAUCUCUGCGACACCAACGUUUGUAGCGUCGCUUGUGGAAUUGGUCUAUAAUCAGCUUUUGAACCUUGGGGAAGACUUAGAGCUUUUCGCAAACCAUGCCGGGAGAUCCACUAUCAAACCGGCUGACUUGUACAUGGUUACCAGGAAGAAUGAUAUAUUGACUAAUGUAUUAAAGGAGUAUGAGGAAACUCAGAUAGAUAAAUAG